AGACAACUGCAAGCAUUCACUUGGAUCACCAGCUGGUCGCUUUGUGAACUGUGCACCCGCGUUGGCCUGCAGUUGGAGCAGAGCGCCACAAAGUUGUCAAUUGGUCGAAGAGCAUUCAAGUGAUAGGUUAUAUGAUUUACGUUCUUGUAGCUAAAAUUGAAAUAGUAUUUUGUUGUUGGCGAGAAAAGAUUAAGUAAGCAUAAUUACUUGGAAAUAAAUAAAGCAAAAGCCAAAGUUGCAACUAAUAGCAGUCAGUGCCAAGUGUAUUUUCACAUACACGUCUGCGAAAGUAUUUGGAAAAAAGUAUAUUCGGGAACGAAUUUCGUAAUUGUGCAGUGUUAAUUUAAUCUUUAAGAAAUAAAUAUUAAGUAAAACGUUGAACGUUCAUACAAAUGAUACAGUUUAAUUGGUUAUGAGUACAUACAUUCCAACAAAGUGCAUUCAACUGUCGCAGAAACCAACUGCGACCUAGUUGAACCAACAGUAAACACAUCAUCUGGUGAAACCAUAACAACUGUAGUUGUCUCCAUCUUCUGAUAUCGCUCCAGCUUUUUUAGCGCAGCUAAAGUGUCUGCGUUAUUCUGAGUACAAACGCAACGGCAAUUAGCUGAGGGUGAAAAAGGAAAGCUUAGAGCUUAAGAGCUUCUAUUCAGUGUUAGCUACAAUAACAAAAACAAUUGAUAAACUGUUUCCAGUGGCGGCAGAAUGGAUCAUUCACAACACAGUAUACACAAUCAUGACCAUCAUAUCAUGUCUCUAGAUACUGCAACAACACAUGACCAUGCAGCCACGAUAUUAUCCACCACCACUCUCAGUCCACUGGAUGUAAUCGGCGGACAUGGCGGUCAUGGUGAGCAUGCGACGAUGAACGAUCAACAUGCGAUGCACAACCAUGAUCAUGGCGCGAUGAAUAUGGAGGGCACAAUGCAUCAUAUGAUGUCCAUGGCGUUCCACUUCGGCUACAAUGAGACGGUGCUCUUCUCGUGGUGGCGAUUCGAUAGUAUUAUGGGUCUAAUCGGUUCUAUGAUAGCUAUAUUUGUAAUGGCUGUACUUUAUGAGGGACUGAAAUACUAUCGUGAGUUUCUGUUUUGGAAGACUUACAAUUUGCUGGAAUACCGACCGGUCACCGGGCCGCAACGCAAUCCAGAAGAUCCGCAACGUAGCACGGCGUCAACGAGCGCCUCGCCUGUGCAAUAUGUGGGCGAAGUCAUACACAAGCAACCCCCGACAAUGCUAUCGCUAAACCAUCUGUAUCAAACCGGUCUCCAUAUUCUACAAGUGACGCUCUCCUUCAUGUUGAUGCUGAUCUUUAUGACCUACAAUGUCUGGCUCUGCAUUGCUGUGGUCCUCGGCGCUGCUGUGGGGUACUUCCUCUUCUGUUGGCGGAAGUCGGUGAUUGUCGAUGUAACGGAACACUGUCACUAGCAAUGUUUAAAAUGUGAAAGGCGCUUCGCAUGGAUGCGCAGCCUUUGGCCAAGGCAAAUUGGCAAUUCAAAUAAUCAACAACAACAACAGCAACAACAAGAACAACUACAAAUUACUAGAGGCGCAAUAACAACAUCAGCAGCAUGCAGAGCAAGUAGCCGUUGGGGUUUAGGCGGUGGCGGAGGCGGAGGUGGAGGCGGAGGCAGAGGUAGUAGUGGAGCCGGUCGCCGUAGUGAUGGCGGUGGUGCUGGUGAUGUUGGUGCUUAUAACGGCGGCUCUAACCGCACAAAUAUUAUUGGUCGUAACGGCAGCACCCCAUGCAAUGUCACAGCCAACACGCUUAUGAGCACAGCCGGCGGGAGUGUACGUUGUGCGCGCUACUUAAAACGACCCAACAACACCACUGGUGAUAAGAUGCAGCGAGGCGAAGAAGUCGGCGGCGGCGAUGGCGAUGGCGGCAUGCAAGUGACCAUGGCGGCCAAUAAAUACAACAACCAAAAGAACUUAGAUAUUUACUAUUAUGAACGUGAUGAGUACGAGGAUGAGACAGUCAUCAUUGAUACGAUUGCCGUGACGGCGACCACCACAGCGCAGCUAAUGGAGAGCGGUUGUGGCAGCAUCGGUGCUAAUUGUCAGAAAUGUCGAAAUAUUAAAAUUCUCUUAAGAUUAAGUUUAAGAUAUUUUUAUGAUAUAAACUGUGAAAUUGUAAAGAACACCAUUUAAAUAUAUAUACAUACA